CCCGGCCCCCAUUGAGAAAACGGCGGCGGCGGCGGCGGCGCGCCCCGAUAUAAGGCGUGCGGGGCCGCGCCGAGCCGAGCCGAGCCGCGCCGAUCGGGAGCGCUUCUUUUUUUUUUUUUUUGUUUGUGUUGUUUCCUUGCUUCGCUCCUCGGGGCCGAGCCGAGCCAUGGUGAACCUGCGGGUGUGCGCGCUGGAGUGCGAGGCGCUGCGGGGGCUGCUGCAGGAGCGCGCCGCGCAGUGCCUGGUGCUGGACUGCCGCUCCUUCUUCUCCUUCAACGCGGCGCACAUCCGCGGCUCCUGCAACGUGCGCCUCAGCACCAUCGUCCGCCGCCGGGCGAAGGGAGCCCUGGCCCUGGAGCACGUCGUCCCCAACGAGGAGCUCCGCGCCCGCCUGCGCCAGGGGCUGGUGCACACCGUGGUGCUGCUGGACGAGCGCAGCGCCGACCUGGAGCUGCCCAAGCGGGACAGCACCCUGCUGCUGGCCCUCGGCACCCUCUGCAGGGAAGCCCGCGGCGCCCGCAUCUGCUUUCUCAAGGGAGGUUACGAAGCUUUCUCGGCCGCCUGCCCCGAGCUGUGCACCAAGCCGGCCGCCCCCACCGGACUCAGCCUCCCCCUGAGCGCCAGCAGCGCCCGCGGCAGCGCCGACUCGGGGUGCAGCUCCUGCGGCACCCCCCUGUACGACCAGGGUGGCCCCGUGGAAAUCCUGCCGUUCCUCUACUUGGGCAGCGCGUACCAUGCCUCCCGGAAGGACAUGCUGGAUGCCUUGGGGAUCACGGCGCUGAUCAACGUCUCGGCCAACUGCCCCAACCACUUCGAAGGGCACUACCAGUACAAGAGUAUCCCGGUGGAGGACAACCACAAGGCGGAUAUCAGCUCCUGGUUUAAUGAGGCGAUUGAUUUCAUAGACUCUGUUAAAAACGAUGGAGGAAGGGUGUUCGUGCACUGCCAGGCUGGCAUUUCACGGUCAGCAACCAUCUGCCUUGCUUAUCUCAUGAGGACCAACAGAGUCAAGCUGGAUGAAGCCUUUGAGUUUGUGAAGCAGAGAAGGAGCAUCAUCUCCCCAAACUUCAGCUUCAUGGGGCAGCUGCUCCAGUUUGAGUCGCAGGUCCUUGCCCCCAACUGCUCAGCAGAAGCUGGGAGCCCCGCUAUGUCAGUAUUGGACAGAGGAGCAUCGACCACCACAGUCUUUAACUUUCCAGUCUCCAUCCCUGUUCACACCUCAUCCAGUGCUUUAAGCUACCUUCAGAGUCCCAUCACCACUUCCCCGAGCUGCUGAGAGGCAGGUGAAAAUACAGUCAGAACUCAGAUGUACUGUCUCAGAAGUGCAAUAACUAUGGGGACAGUGUCAUCAGUCACUUGUGUCUUGUGGGGAACCAUCCGUGCAUCCCAGAACACUGUCACGAACAGGGGAGCUCACCUGAUGCCAGAGAACUAGGUGUUACAGACUCUCUUGCUGUCUUCUAAAGCCAAUAUCUGGAUGCCUACGCAAAGAGCAAAGGACGCUGUGUUUUCCUGAGCUGUUCCCCCUUGUCUUCUGUUUGUCCUAAGCCUGCUGCACAUUUAGUAGUGUGCUCACCAGUAUUCCCAUUCCUGGACACUUUAAGCAACACUGAUGCUGUCCCCUCUUAUGACAAUCCUAUUUAUUUAUUUUUACAUUAGAGCAUUGUUUUGCCUUCAUGAACUUACAGUUUCAUUUCUAGAGAAACUAAAUACCUCAGCAUUUUUUGGUACUGUAAUCCUGUGUGUAUAUAUCUGUCAGCUCUUCUUGUUUCCCAAGCACUGACAUGAAAGCACCACAGGCGCGUGCUUUUUUGAGUUGCCAAGGGUUGUAUGUUUGAUUUAUUUAUGAUGUGAAAUAAUAUAUUUCUUCUUAUGAAGACAUAGUUUUGUUACGUGACUAUAACUUUUUAUACAAACAGAAUAAAUUAUGGUAUUUCUAUUGAAA